CUCGCUGGCUCGAGGGGCGGCCGGCAGCUGGCGCUGGCAGAGGCGGCGGCGGCUGCGCGACCGGGAUGGGACGGGCGCUGGGGCGCAGGAGCCGCGGCGGCGGCGGCGGCGGCGGCGGCGGGGGCCGCGCAACUCGGGCCAAGUGCGGGGCAGCCGGCCAGGGCGCGGGGCGCUGAGCCUCGGCGGCCCCAGCUACCGGCCGUGCACGGCCAAGCCCAGGAGAGCGCGCAGAGGCGCAGCCGAGGAAGCGCCACCAGCGCCGGCGCCUGCGUCUGGGGAGGAGCGGCGCGCUGGGAGCGAGCCAUGCCCGGCGCCCGGGCGUAGCCGCUGGGGGCUGCUCCGGGAGCCGCGGGCCGGGCCGGGCGCGCGAGAGGAGCAGCCCCGCACCGCGCCCACCGCGCGCCGAGGACCAUGCCGCCCCCGGGCCGGGCGCCGCCGCUCGGGCUCCUGCUGGCGCUGACUGCGCUCCGGUGCCCAGUGACAGAGAGUCGAGGGAUUGUGGAUAGCCUGCAGAAGUUCUCCUCGCUCCCGGCUUACCUCCCCUCAAGCUUGCACAUCUCCAAUGCAGAGGAGUCCUUCUUCCUCAAAGAAGCCAACCAAGAUCUCACGAGGAAUGCCAGUCUGCAGGCCCGGGUGGAGCCAUUCUUCAUCUACCGAGCCAGGACACCCCCUAUUAUCAAUGCCAGCUAUGGCCCGUUUUCCGUGGAGAAGAUGAUCCCCCAGGAGCUCUUGUUGACAUCCACAGCCUUUGGAAACAUGGACAAGUUUCCCUUCAACUGGAAGUUGAAAUCCCACAUCCUUGACAGCUCCAUCUACUCCAACAGACCCAAAGUGCAGACCUUGUUUUAUGUCACUGGCAUGGGCUGGGAUGACAGCGAUCUUACUGAAGAUCUACCCUGUGUCAAGAUGUUUGCUUUCCCUGAGGCCAGGGAAGUGGCAGCCAGCUGUCGGCUGCAGGGGGCCCCGGGGCUGUGUGUGGCUGAGCUGGAGCUGCUGCCUGAGUGGUUCAGCUCAGGCCUGGACCUGGAGCCAGAGGAGGAGAUCCCAGCCCUGCUGGGGGGAACUGCGAUGGAGCUCUUCUUCACGCUUUACCCAGCCGAUAAGGCUGGCCAGUGUCCUCUGGAGGAGGAAGGCAAGUGGGAGAACAACAUCCACGCGGGCCUGGAGAGCCCCCAGCAAGCGUUUCCAGCCCGAGAGAGGAUUGGGAGUGUGGUUGUCUACCCAACCCAAGAUGAUCUGAAGUGGUCCCUGGUGAGCUUGGAUGAGAACGUCGUCAUCUCGGUACCCCUGAAUCUGGUCCGGGAAGGGGACACGGCCACCUUUUUGGUCUCUCUGACCAGUAGCUCUGUGGCAGACCAGUUCACUCUUAGGAUUAAGGCGGCAGCAGGUGUGAAGAUAAUGGCAGUGAGAGUCAGCAGUGAGGACCAAUGGGCGGUCCAGGAAGAAAUUGAUAAUGGCGACACCCAGACGUCGGCCACCCUCACCUGCAUGGGCCAUCGCCCGGACAUGCAGAGCAGAGUCAAUGGAUCCUUCUAUGAGAUCUUGCAAGUAGACUUUGGAAUUGAUAACAGCAGUGACCUGGCUGGGGCCCAGCAGAUUACCUGGCAGGUGGAGUACCCGAUUGAGGACUCCAUGAGUGAGCUGGUCGUCUCCGAGAUCUUCGUCAGCCAGACAACCUUUGUGGGCAUCGUCCCUCUUGCCAUGGACACCGAGGUUUUGAACACUGCCAUUCUCACCGGAAAGCCUGUUUCGGUUCCCGUCAAAGUCGUGGGUGUUCAGGAGGAUGGUUCUGUGGUUGACGUGUCUGAGUCUGUGGAAUGCAAGUCUGCUGACGAAGACGUCAUUAAGGUUUCCAACAACUGCGAUUCCAUUUUUGUGAAUGGGAAGGAAAUGAAGAGCAAAGUGGACACGAUUGUGAACUUCACCCACCAGCACUUCACCUCCCAGUUUGAGGUCACUGUCUGGGCACCCAGACUUCCCCUGCAGAUUGAGAUCUCAGACACAGAGCUGAGCCAGAUCAAGGGCUGGAGGAUCCCGGUUGCUGCCAAUAGAAGGCCUACCCGGGAAAGUGAAGAUGAGGACGAUGAGGAGAAGAAGGGACGAGGGUGCUCCCUGCAGUACCAGCACGCCACGGUGCGCGUCCUCACCCAGUUUGUGGCCGAGUCGCCUGACUUAGGGCAGCUGACCUACAUGCUGGGUCCUGACUGGCAGUUUGACAUCACUGACCUCGUGACCGAGUUCAUGAAGGUGGAGGAGCCGAAAAUCGCCCAGUUACAGGACGGCAGGACCCUGGCUGGUCGGGAGCCGGGAAUAACCACGGUGCAGGUCCUCUCACCACUCUCGGACUCCAUCCUGGCUGAGAAGACAGUGAUUGUCCUGGACGACCGAGUCACCAUCGCGGAGCUGGGGGUGCAGCUCGUGGCUGGCAUGUCUCUCUCCCUGCAGCCACAUCGAGCAGACAAGAGGGCCAUUGUCUCCACAGCCACUGCCCUGGACGUUCUUCAGUCCCCACAGCAGGAAGCAAUAGUAAGUUCUUGGAUUUUGCUCAGUGAUGGUUCGGUGACACCUUUAGACAUUUACGAUCCCAAGGAUUAUUCAGUUACUGUCUCAUCAUUGGAUGAAAUGGUGGUGUCUGUCCAGGCAAACCUUGAGUCCAAAUGGCCAGUUGUGGUUGCAGAGGGUGAAGGACAAGGGCCUUUGAUUAAGUUAGAAAUGAUGAUUAGUGAACCCUGUCAGAAGACCAAGAGGAAGAGUGUUCUUGCUGUGGGUAAAGGAAAUGUCAAGGUCAAAUUCGAACCAAGUAGUGAUGAGCACCAAGGAGGAAGCAACGAUAUUGAGGGCAUAAAUCGGGAAUACAAGGACCACCUCAGUAAUUCCAUAGAGCGCGAAGGAAACCAGGAGAGAGCCGUUCAGGAAUGGUUCCACCAUGGCUCACCUGUUGGCCAAGAGGAAAGUACCAACAAAAGCACAACCCCCCAGUCUCCCAUGGAAGGGAAGAAUAAGUCACUCAAAAGUGGUCCAGAUGCCUUCACAAGCUUCCCCACUCAAGGGAAGUCACCGGACCCCAAUAAUCCUAGUGACCUCACAGUGACCUCACGGGGGCUAACGGACUUGGAGAUUGGCAUGUAUGCCCUGCUCUGCGUCUUCUGCCUGGCCAUUCUGGUCUUCUUGAUCAACUGCGUGGCGUUUGCCUGGAAAUACAGACACAAAAGGUUUGCUGUGAGCGAGCAAGGCAACAUCCCCCAUUCCCACGACUGGGUCUGGCUUGGGAAUGAAGUGGAACUUUUGGAGAACCCUGUUGACAUUACACUCCCCUCGGAGGAGUGUACAACCAUGAUAGACAGGGGCCUGCAGUUCGAGGAGAGGAACUUCCUUCUGAAUGGCAGUUCCCAGAAGACUUUUCAUAGUCAACUGCUCAGACCUUCUGACUAUGUCUAUGAGAAAGACAUUAAAAAUGAACCUAUGAAUUCUUCGGGCCCAAAGAGGAAGAGAGUCAAGUUCACUUCCUACACCACCAUCCUCCCAGAGGACGGCGGCCCGUACACCAACUCCAUCCUGUUUGACAGUGAUGAUAACAUCAAGUGGGUCUGCCAAGAUAUGGGACUGGGGGAUUCACAGGACUUUAGAGACUAUAUGGAAAGACUGCAAGACCAGAUGUAAACUCCUUUCUUAUGUUUGUAUUCACCUUUAUGCCUUCUGUUUUUUGAAUGCUGGAGCAGUGAGUUUGAUCAGCAAUAGGGGAUGAUUUAACAAAGUUUGAUUUGUGGAGGUCUGGUGGGAUCCCUUUCUAAGCAGGUAAAAGAGGUCUGGAGAGCUAUAGAAGCUGGGUUUGAAGCCUGGAAAUGCCUCUAAAACAGCCACAUGUGGGGACUGGAGAAAUCCUAAGACAACAGUUUUAUGGACUGCUUGGUACUAGCUCAGUGCAAAUGUAUUAAACCUGACCCCCCAGACGUUGUUAGUCAUCUCGACAAAAGGCCAUGUGGAAUUAGAAAGGAUUUGGUGUUGAUUUUUCUAUUCCUAGACCUUUUAAAGCACAGUGGACACUUAUUGCCCCUUGGCCUGAGUUUAGACAUACAUGAAAGAUGACUGAAUGUAGCUAUCCUGAUUUGUCAUGAGCGCUGCUCAUUAUUUUUAUAUACAUUUGCACCUGCACCUGUUCCUUUGACCUCUGGAAUUCUUUUUGAAACAUGAAGAGAAGAAAUUUCAGUCUUUUCCGUGAGCUCUGUUUGAUUUACACAUGAGUUUUCUUCCCUGGGAUUUGCCAUGCCUUGUUGUUUCCUGGGUCUCCAUGCAGGAUAUCAGGUUUUUUCCAGUUUUCCACACUUCAUCAUCUAGGGACGGUAUCUAAGAAGCUUAUUAUCACUUUGUUUUUCCGUCCUUUUGUUGCUGAACUUUCUUGAAUAACACUGGGACAAAAGGUUUUACUUAAAAUGUUAAUAUACGGUGAGGGAGGGCCAUCUCUUUACAGUUUUCUACGUGAAGUUUAAAAAAUUUGGAGAAAAAUUGUCAGUCACAAACAUUUAUUUUUAUUCUCUGCUUGUUGAAAACUCAUGGGGGAACUCCUGGAGUGCAUUUCUGAGGGUAGAAAGGCCCCAACAUAGCUGUAUUUAUACAAGUGCUUUGUGGCCAACACAAUUCAUUAUCCAAACUGAAGUCUUAAAGUAGAAUUGACCUACAUAGAAAGGAAAUUGCCUAGGAAAUAGCUGCAGAUUACACUUUCCAUUUUACCAGAACAAGUUUUUUUUUUUUUUUUUAAGUAAGUAGAAUGAUAUUUCAAGUUAGCAAUAUAUAGAAAUCCAUCCAUACAAUGACCAAACAAAAAAAAAUCUAAAUCAUGACUCCGGCAGAGAUAAAGCGUUCACAGGGUGUGCAUUUGUGGAGAGAAGCAAUGGGUUUCCCCCCAAAAUCCAUACAAAUAAAUGACUAUUCCAGAACUCAAGAAGCAGCUGUUGUAGAACAAAAAAAUUUAAACCAUAGCUAUUGAAAAAUCAAAAUGGCAAGAGGAAAAAAGGAACAACUCCUACAUAAUGUUUAGAGAAAAAUGUUAUUUUAAUACCAUCAUGAACGGUCUUAAGCAAGGCAAGAAUUUCAAAUUAGCAAAAUAUGAUGACAUAUUUAUUAAGAUAGUAUUGUUGGAAAAGUAGACACUGGACUAGUAUGCCUCAUUAUGAGCUUUACUGAGCCAUUUUCAUCUCUAAGAAAUACAAUUUUAAAGGCCCAAAGUAGGAAGGAUAGGCAGAAGGUCACCUGAAGCAGUGCCCUGACUCCAGAUGGCUGAUAACUGAGCUAAUCCAAAGAAAGGCACUGUUCUUUUAUUGUAGAUUUCCUUGGGUGGGAACAUGAUGACCCAGCCUCCUCUAGCCAUGACGUGGCAGUCAAAAACUUCUUCCUGUAUAUCUGGCCCACAGGACCACAGUGUGUUUGUGAACAGUGCUGAAAUUGCAAGUGAAGUAGGCUUGACCUCCAGAAUCCAGUGUUCAGUGUGUUCUCUAAAAUGGGGCUUAGGAACCGAAGCCGGCAAAGUUCUAAAAAUAGUUUGGUUUGAUGGGAUAAUGAAGCGAGGAGAGCCAGGCAUUAGCUACAAAAGGAGUUUGCAAAGCGAUGGCUGACACUUUUUGGGAAGAUUCCUCAGUCAGUCAAAAGCUUUCCAAAGAGUUUGGUAAUGAGGUAGCUCAGACCAACCAUGCAGGGUGGAAGAAAGUUCAUGUGCUGAUUGACAGGUAGCUAUCCCGGUGAGUUGGCUCCUUCUGUGAGGCUUUUCGGUCCUCUCUCCCUUUGGAUCUUUAGCAUUCCAGAAGUACUGGGAAUUCAUUUGUGAAAAUGAAGAACCUCUGCUGGACGAGGAAGAACUCCCUCGCACACACAGCAGGGUCCCGCCCACUGGUAAAGUGAGACUUUGGGCAGGGGGUGUAAUUGGGGAGGAGGUAAAGGAAAUCAUCACUGUCAUGGGGAGUGUUAUAAGGAACAUACAAAUUAGAGCAUUCUCUAUGAUGGCAGUGCUUGAUGGGGUGCAGGGAGCAAACUGGGGAGCAUUCGAACAUGCCAGUGGUUUCUUAGCAGAGCUGGAAACUGGCCGCAGUCCUGAAGAUGCUUCUUGUGAUGACUUAGAGUCACCCUGAGUGAUAUAACCCCUGUGUAGCCACCUUUGCUCCUUUGUGUUAAAACCCAGUCAGUUCAAAAUAAUACUCAAAUGGAAGGCCAUGGGGGAAGGGUUCCUUCCACCAUAUAACCCACACCCAGAUGUAUAUAAACACAUAUACAUACAUAUGCCCUUGUGUGUGCGUGUGUGUGUGUGUUUGUGUGUGUGAAUACUGAAGAGCCAGGGAACAAACUAUUUAGUAUGAAUCAACAGUGACUGUCAGUUGUUCUCAGAUUUGGCAUGGAUACAAUUUCUCAUGACAGAAUUUCAUUAUUUCCUCCUCUAAAUAUUUCCUGAAGAUUAUAAACCAUGGGUUAUAGCACCUUGUUUUCCAGCUAGUUAAUAUACAGCUGUUAGGCACUAUACCCCAAAAUAUCUAAAAUGGGGGUAAAGAUAUAAACUAUUAAGCCAUGAAAUAUAAUUUUCUGGAGACCAUGCAUUUGCCUGGAUUUUCCAGGAUUUUUAUGGCUGAUAUAUCCAAAUUAUUAGUCUUGAUAAAUAACUGGAACCAAACAUUUAUGAAGUCCCUUCCUCUCCCAUGGGGAUGGAAUGCUCAGACUCCCCCUAAGGGAGACGCCAGCAAGCCUCUUGAAAAGGCAUCAGACAGUGAACUCUGUGGUCACACGAAGGGAGGUUCAGAUGCUAGAUGACCAGCAUUCGACCUGGAACAACUGAGGAUUGCAGUCGCUGGCUCCAGGGUCCAGACGUGCUGCAGUAGAGGUCAGAGCACAGGAAUCAAGAAGCAGCUGCCACACCAAAGAACUGAUGCUUAAAUCCACAGGUGUGUUGCAUUUCAGAGAAGGCAAGAAGAAAAGACACUAGAAGUUUACCCUGGAAAAGCAACACCUGGGAAACCUCAGCAUACUCCACGUGUCCCACAAGAAGGAAUAAUUGACUUCCUAGCUGUUGCAUAUUGCACGCUGGCCAGGAUAAAUUCUCAGACAAUAAUAAUCCUUACUAUCUAGACAGAAGUUUUUAUUUAUAAAUAGUCAUGCAGGGGGAAAGUUGACUAAUUUUUGUCCCAUUGCCACAUCUGUAGACUACGUAAUUUGUAACUUGUUAACUUUAAAGUUUUAGAACAUCCACCUUUGUGCAUUUGGGUCCGCAUUCUUGUUUCAUUCUUUUAGAAAGAGGUUUUCCCAUUGCUGGGAUGUUGGGGCCCUGUCAGAGAACUAUGAAGGCUCUUUCAGGGAACUAUUCAGUCUCACAGCAAGCACCACAGAGUGUGGUUUCAUCUGAACCCUACAUGUCAUGGACACCAAUGUGUUUUCUACUCUAAUUGCCUAAAAGUGAUCUCGAUUCUCCAUUUCAUUCUCUGUAAAUGACAUGAUAGAUGGUUUAUAAACUCAACAACCCUCCCCUGUAUUAAAAUUAUAUGCGUGUAAUGUAAUGCAUAUCACCUGCCAUGUAAAGGGACGGUAUGGAUGGUGGAAAAGUUAUGCUAAAAUAUGGAUAGCAGAUAUUUUUGUAUGUAAUAUAGGCAAUAUAAUGAAACACUGAGUUUUUAAAAUGAAAGCAUGCAAAAUUGUAGCUUUUAAAUGUACAGACAUCCCACUCAAAAAUAUCUAAACUUAUCAUGGGAAAAACAUUUGAGACCUAACAUCAUGAAAUGCACUGAAUUUGGAAUUCUGGCCUGGAAAGGACAUGGCUUAUGUUGGGAUUGUUGAUGGAAUCUGCCAGAACAUUUUCAUCUUACUCUUCAUUACUUUUGGAUUUUUCCUUUUCUUUUUUUCUGGAAAUAUUUCAGAAAUAAAGUGACUUCAUUUUUCAGCAUAAAGGUAUAUUCUAACCACAGGGUAACACAUCGUUUUUAACAUGAAAAUAAACAUUUAAACAUUCUUCAGUUGUUUUGUUAUUUUAUCUGCAUAUUCCCUAAAGCAGCUGUGUGGUUGGCUAUACUAUAGAUAUAUUUUUCUUUUCAGCCAGGGAUUUUAAUACCCUUGAUGCAGUAAUAAAUGGACAUCAAAAGAAAACAUUUCUUAAAAGUUGCCAGCAUGUUACUUGUAAAACAUUUCUUAUUCGUUCUCCUAGUAGGCCUUGGAAAGCUUCUCUCCCGAUGACUCAGAAAAGGGGCUCCUGUUCUCACGGCCCCGUCCAGGGUCAAAUUAUGUUGAAAGUCAAUGCCGAAAUGCACGACGCUGUGGUGUUUGAGAGCCUUUGACCUCUGUCCAUUUGCUUUGGUGUUUGCUUGUCAAUGGCUUGGUUUUGUAUAUGUGUUUGGGGCAGGGUGCUGAGGUUCCCGAAACAGGCAGAGCUCUAGAGACAUCAGAAAACCACAAGACAGGUGGGGAUUCUGUUUGGGAGGUUGAUGUAGAUGUUUCAGGUGAAAGAGGGGCCGUGCAUUUGCCAAGUCCCUAGAGGGGCUAGAGGCUCUCUGUUGGUGUGUGUGUAUUUCUUAAAACUGCAGAGUCAGUUUUGGCAUGCUGGCAAAUGCCACUCCUUCUUUCAGGAUGAGUAGGGAUGCCUCUUUGGCAAUAAUUUGACAUGUCAUAAUAGAUGCCCAAUGCCAAGCCUAUCUCUCUCCAGGCCCUUCAGAAAUCAUUCAAGUAACUGGGUGUAAACACAGGAGUUGGCUAUGUCAAACUGAGGCAGGAUUUCCCACCUCUAAACUAUUGGCAGAAAAAAAGCCAAAUAUGCUCCCAGGUUAUGCACCCCAGCCCUACGAGAAUCACUUCUCAGCACUUUGGGUAACUGUUUUCCACUAACAGCUUCCUCCUUGUCUUUUCCCUGGGAACAUGGGAGCAUUGAUACAGAACUCAACCAGUCCAGCACUUUGGGAGGCCAAGGCAGGCGGAUCACCUGAGGUCAGGAAUUUGAGACCAGCCUGGCCAACAUGGUGAAACCCUGUGUCUACUAAAAAUACAAAAAUUGGCCAGGCAUGGUGGUGCAUGCCUGUAAUCCCAGCUACUCUGGAGGCUGAGGUAGGAGAAUCACUUGAACCUGGGAGGUGGAGGUUGUAGUGAGCUGAGAUCACGCCACUGCACUCCAGCCUGGGCAACAAGAGCAAGACUGUCUCAAACAGAAACAAAACAAAACAAAAAACCAAAAGAACUUAACUGGUUCUCCCCAGAUCUCAGCAUGUGUGUAUAUAUACAGUUUAGUAAAAUAUGUUUCAAAAAAAGGAUAAAAGCAAGUUUGAAAUGAGAUUCAUAAAAGAAUGAAUGCUUUAUAUUUAGGUUUUGUGUGUGAGGGUAAAAUGCAAAUGCAACAUUUGAAAUUUUUUGAUAUUGAAAUCCUUAAUGCCUGUUAGUUUCUUUAUGGUUUUAUAUAAUUGAGAUAAGUUCUGGAGUUUUUUUUUUGUUGUUGUUUGCUUUCAGAAAUUUUAAAAAAUACAAAAAUGCAGAAACAUUUUAGUCUGGGUUUAUAGACUAUUCUAUGACUCAAGACAGAUUGGACACCAUCAUUUUCCAGAUAAGAAAUAACUGGGAAAUUAUCUUCCCAGUCCAAGAAAGCAAUAAUGUUAUCAACUUGCAGUAUUGGACAAUCUUCAUAUUCUAUGAGAUGCCUUUAAAAUUUCUUUGGAUUUAAUUGCUGCUCUUGGUCAGUUGUUCAAAUGAAACAUUGCAAUUUUAUGUUAAAGACAAGAGUCUCAUGGGAGUUUCUUUAGAUGCUGCAGGAACUGAGAGGAUAGAAGACCUCUCUAUACAUCUACAUUGCCCAUUGGAGUAAAGCACUUACAAACAGAGAGAUGAAUGCUGCUUUGGGAUUUGGGGUCUAUGUGAUGCUGAUUUUUUUCAACCCUAUUUGGAAAUAUUACUUCUUUGGGAUGACUUAAAUAACUUUUGACCUGAUAUACCUUUCUUUACUUCCUCUGGCCAAAAAAGCAAGUAAAGCUUUCUAUUUUCCAUUUUAAGGCUGGAGCUGAAAUAAUCUGCCACGUUAUCGUUACCUCCUUUGUAAGAAUUUGACUUUCUGAAUGAAAUAACAGAAUGCCAGUGUCGACACUGACCAUAUGAUAUAGUUAUUUCACUUAGAGAUGCUUCCUCAAAGGGCGUGCCUUUUUCCUCCAUCAUAACCGCUUUAGGAUCUCUGUUUUCUCCGUGCAUAUUCCCACAUAGUACAAGCAUUUUCCAUUUCCAUGAAUAUUACAGGCUGAGAAGGAGCACACAUCUGGCAUUGACAAGCACAUUCAGCCAUCUCAUUUCAUUAAUCUGGUUGGCGACAGUUUCCAUCGGGCACACCUGGAAAUGUACAUCGGACCUAUUGCCGUCUCAGUUGCUGCAGUGCAGUGGAUUAUCCCAGAGCCACCAGUUCACAUGCCCAAAGAUGGACUGGCCCAUGGAGGGACUUGAUCUCCAUGUGACUUUCUGUAGUUAUCCUUCAACUGGGAGCCUUAUUUUGGAUUUCUAGAAAGGGCACCCAUUUAAUGUGGAUUCCAAGAACAAAACCAAUUGUCCAACCUCCAUUGCAGUGGUGUUCUAGGUACUCCCCACACAUUAUCGUGGGCCUAAGCAAACAUCACAACUAUGAAAGGCUGAGAGUGGAGAAUUAAGUAAUAUGGAAAUGAUCAGACCAAGGGAAAAAUAAGUGGCUGAGAAACACUGAAAGAGAGUCACAUCCACGUAGUGCGUAUCAUGCAGCAGACCCGUGCUCUUGGAGGGAGGUAGUGUGUGUCUUCUCAUGGCAAAUGACUUUUACAAUACUGCUUAUGUAUAAUGUGUGUCUACAGCGCAUGCUGUUGUCUCAAAAUUGAAAUUUGUGUCUUAUGUAUCAGUUCCCAGCCUUAUACUCUUCUCAGGCAGGUGGACGUGAUCUCAGCUGCAGAACACAAUGAGUGGCCAAACCUACACAGCCCAGCCAGUAGUGCACUUUGGGGUGAUCGCAAGGCAGCAAACAGUGGGGACAAAUUUUGUCUGGCAUUUGAAAAGGUGUUAUCCCUUACUUUCCACAUUUCUGAAUCGGAUUCUUGUUCCCUGGUCAACGCCAGCUAUUAUAAACAGAGCAUGCUGUUAUGACAUUGUGCUUCUAUAUACCUUUUUGUAUAAUGUAUCUAUCUCAUGAUAUUACCUAUGGUUUCAGUAUGAUCUGUUGUGUAUGUUCCACCGUAUAUUUAAUGUCUCUGUAAAGGCACUUCUAAACAUUUUGAAAAAGAAGAAAUAAAACAUGUUGGAUGAUU